AUGGCUACGUCUGGGAAAGAGGGUACAGUGAAAGCUGUCCGCUAUCAUGGUAACAAGGACAUCAGAGUUGAGGACAUACCUCGACAGAAGGAUCUAGGAGACCAUGACGUUCGACUUUCCCCAGCAUGGUGCGGGAUUUGCGGCACGGAUGUUCACGAGUAUCUUCACGGGCCAAUAUUCCCGCCUACACGCGAAAAGCCUCAGCCUCUCACCGGCGAGUCUAUGCCCAUCGUUCUGGGCCAUGAGUUUGCGGGAACAAUAACAGAGGUUGGGAAAGCUGUACAAGGACUCAGCAUCGGGGACGAGGUCGCCGUUGAAGGGCUUUUGACUGACGACACUUGCUAUUCUUGUUCCAUUCACAAGAGGAAUACUUGCGACAAAUCAGCCUUCCUCGGUCUUUCUACCAAUCCCGGAGGUCUUUGUGAAAGUAUUCUAAUUCCUGCCUCCACGUGUCACAAACUGCCGCCCGGACUCUCUCUGGAAGUUGGCGCUCUCGUCGAGCCGCUGUCUGUGGCAUGGCACGCAGUUUCGAGCUCCGGGAUCACUCCCAGGCACAGUGCCAUCGUCUUUGGGGCCGGUCCAAUUGGACUGGCGACGAUCCUGGUCUUGAAAGCAAAAGGUAUAAACCAAAUCCUUGCUUCGGAGCCCUCCAAGUCGAGGCACGAGCAGGCCAAGCAGCUGGGUGCAAGUCACACCUUUAACCCUAUAAAUGAAGACGUGAUCCAGGAAGCGAAAAGAAUCUGUGAUGGUCUUGGUCCAGAUUUUGCCUUUGAUGCAUCGGGGGUCCAGGCGACAUUGUCUUCAGGUCUCAAAACCAUUCGCAAGUAUGGCACGUAUUAUAAUAUUGCGCUCUGGGGCAAACAGCCGACCGUUGACAUGAAUGAAUUACUGUUCAAUGGCAAGACAAUCAAGUCCGAUCUUUCGUAUUCGAGAGGUGACUAUAAUGCUGUCAUCACGGCUAUCGACGAAGGCAGAAUAUCCCUUCAGGAGUUGGAGUACUUUGUGACAGCUCGCAUUGACAUGAAGGAUCUUGAGGAAAAAGGCAUCAAGGAGCUGAUAAACUUCAAGGACAAGCAUAUCAAAAUCCUAGUCCGUGUGGAUCCAGCACAGCCGAUGACAGGCGCCCUUCGGAAGUAA